AUGUUUUGCCUAGCGCACAGAACGAGAACAAACAACGACUGUCAUAAACGCAAGCUCGUCCGACUGGAAACGCACCUGUCACCCACCAGGCCAAAUUAGCACAGGAGCUUGCCCUUGUAACUGUCUUAUGAUACAUAAUCCACCCGGCCUUUGGCCAAGCCGUAUCCUAGAGCAGAACAGAAUGCGAUGCGUGCGACACGCGCAGCUCUGUACCUCCUUGCGCUGCUGCUCGGUGUUUUGAGUCAUACGGAUAGGACGGCAGCGUCAGGACCUCCGCAAGACGACCAACCGGAGGCAACUGCCUCAAAUGGAGCGAACCACCGCGUUCGUGAGUCGCUCUUCCUGGAAGAGGUGGAGAUUCUACGCAACUCAGACGCUAACCCUGGCACAAGCCUGCUCAACAACUGGCCGCUGGCGGGAGCUGCCUCGGCAGUCGACUCGAGUGCACACGGCGCUAUUCAUGGCACCCGCGCGGCCCUGCUGGCAACCCACCCGCACCUGUUCCCUAGCUGUCAGGCGAUGCUUCACAUCCUAGAGAAGACAGAGGAGGGGCGUAACGCUCUGCAGGAGAUGCUGGGGCCGCUUCAGCACCUGCAAUACCUGCAGCGCACAGUUCGGCAGCACGAGUUGGAUCUCGACUCGCUCAGCCGAAAUGUAGACGAGCGGCCCUGGGACCCCUACACAGCCUUUGGGCUGCGCUACCACCCGCCCCACAGCGGCAGCGGCAGCAGCAGCAGCAGCUCGCCGCAACGGGCGCCCAGCAAGCACGCCAGCAACAAACACCACCACAAGUCGGGGUCGGGUUCUACACACGGCAGCUUCGCCGCAGCUGCCGCGGCAGCCAAUGCGGCGGCGGAGGCGGCGAAGGUGGCGGCGGACGUGGCGGCGGAGAUGGCGGCACGCGGUCGCGCCCUGCACAAGGCAGAGGCGGCGGACGUGGCUUCAGGGGGUGACGGCAGUAGCAAGAGUGAUGCAAGCGGCAGUAGCAGCAAUAACAGAGAGGGUCAGAAGAGCGGCGGAAAGGACAGCAGUAAAAGCAGCAGUAGCAGCAGCAGCAGCAGCAGCAGCAGUGGUAGUGGCGGGACGAGCCACAGCUACCCGCGCUUGAGGCUUAGAGAAAAGGUGGUGCGAGGCAGCAAGCACCCGGAGGAGCUGCAGACUGAGCUGACACGGCGCAAGGAGGCGGUGGCGGCGGAGGCGGAGGCGCUACAGCCCAGAGUGGGGGCCAUGCUGGAGCGGCUCAGGGGCUUGCUGCAGGCCGCGGCCAACAGCAGCGGCCUCGUGCCAGGCAACGCAACUGCAGAAACGCAACUAGCAGCAGGCGCCGGCACCGCCGCCGGCGACCCCAACGACAUUGUUGCGGAUCCCAACGACCUGGAUCUGUACGAGCUGCUACUGCCGCGCUGCGUCCUGGCGCGCCUGGAUCCAAUCAACUAUGUGUCGUACCCGGCGCGGCCCUUCGUGUCCAUCGUACUGUCGUACUCGGGCCGGCGGCUGCCGCACGUUCUGUACGAGGUUGCGGAGCCGUUGUUGGCGUGCGCCGCCGGAAGGGACCUGCCGCCGUGGCCUGGUCCGGAGGACGGCAGUGGCGGCGGCGGCGGUGUCGGCGGCGGCGGUGCUGCCGCCGCCGGGGAUGGUAGUAGUGGUGGCGGCGGCGGCGCGGCUGGUGGCAAAGGGCCGUUGAACGAGCCAGUGUUUUUGCCACUGCCUUUAGAGAUCCUAGUGGCAUUUGACGAGGUCAGUGAGGCGGCGGGCUGGGCGGCGGCGGCGGCGGACAGCGGUGGCCGCAUCAUCCCGGUCUUCCGGCCCGGCGUGGCAGACGUCAGCGUCAGUGGCAGUAGCAACGGCACUAGCGGCAGUAGCAAGACUGGCAGCAGCAGCAACAGGGGCACAGGCCGGAGUGCUGGGAGUCCGCCGCCGCUGGUGCACUGGGCCAAUCGGGUGGCGCAACUGGCUCAGGGCGAGAUACUGGUGGUGGUGCAGGACGGCGACUCGCUCCUCUCGCCGCUUGGUCCCGAGGGUGCUAGCGGUGGCACCGGCAGUAGCACCAGCGCGCGUGUGUGCUCCUGGCUGCACGUGGCGCUGCGGACUUUUGAGGCCUGGCCGCAGCUGGGCGCGCUGGGCUCGGGCGCCUACGUCAUGGACUGGCACCCCGCCGCCAUCAACCGGGGACAGCACUUCUGGGAUAAGGAGCGGCGGCUGCCGCUGCAAUUUGUGGCCGCGGCACUGGCCACGCCGCAGGCGGCGGAGCCGCGAGGCGGCGCCGAGCUGCCGGCGGCACCGGUGGCCGUAAGGCGGGCGGCGUGGAGGCAGCUCGGGGGCUUGGACGCGGGGCUGGGGGCUGCCGCUGCGUGUGGCGCGUGUGCAUGGCUGGACCUGUCCACACGCCUGUGGCUGGGUGGCUGGCAGGUGGCGCAGCUGCCCCUAGACCUGGGCAGUUCCUCGCCUGCUGCCAAUUCGCUGCUGCUGCCCCUGGACGCCCAGAGGCGCAACCUGCUCACUGCGGCCGCCCCCGCGCCCGACGCAUCCGGGCCAGCGCACCGGGGCACAGCAGCAGUGGCUGCGGAGGGCGUCGGCGACGCCGAGGCCCGGGCUGGGUCCAGGGGCCACGGCGCCGGUGGUGCUGGUGCACCGGAGGCCGCGGCGUGGCCCCGCAGCUUGGCGGCAACAGGCGUGGCGCCAGCGGGCUGGGUAGCAGAGGAUGUGGCGUGGUGUGAGCGGCCGGAGCUGGCGGCGCACCGGGGCCGGCUGGAGGGCGUGUGCGCGCGGCUGCUGCAGCUGCGGUACGGCGCCUCGCCGUACUGGCACGACGGGGCGGUCGGCCCGGGCAAUGAGGAUGCAACGGCUCAGGGUGAGCAGCGGGCUGCUGCUGCUGCUGCUGGGGCUGCGGGCAGCAUUGGCGGCAGUAGCUUUGAAGCGGGUGAGCUAGGGACAGGGAAAGGGACAGCGGCUGGGAUACCGACUGCCGCUCGCGCGGUUGUCGGGGCCGAGGAGGCUGGAGCGGAGGACGGUGCGGAGCCCGGCCCGCAGGGUCGGCGGAGCUUGGGCUCAAGGAGGGCGGGCUGGCCGGCGGCCUGGUUCCUGGGCAGUGACGUGCACGUGCUUGUCACGGAGCAGGUGAGGCAGCUGAACCUGCUGUCGCCCCUGUUCCCCCUGCUUGGGUGGCCGGGCUUGGGCUCCGCCUGCCCUUUCGGUGCGGCUGGAUGCCAUGAGCCGCACGCAACUGUUUAAGGGUGAGCCCCUGCGAGUUGUAGUGUUCGAGGGCCGUUGAAUGAGGAGGCGAGGCGGUGGCUGGUCCUUGGCUGCGACCUGUCGUGGUGUAUCGGGCUCGGUUCGGUGGUCGCACGAGGUACCUGGUCGCACCGCCUGGUCGGACAACUAGUACGGACGUGCAUGGUUGUGGGGCUGCUGAUGUAGUUUUCCUUCUCUCCCCGCCGCCCUUGCCGUGAGGAGGAUGGUGUGUUGCGGCGUCUGUGUUUCUGUUGCCUUGCUAGCACUCAGGGGAGGCCCCUGUUGGCGCUGCUCCUGGGUGGGGCUUCGCCGGGCUGCUGCUUAGCUUUGACUCGCUGUGCGCUGUGCCUUGCCCUCAAGUCAGGGUGUUACGUGACGAUGGGGCUCUACUGACGGUGCCUGGGCUUGGCCUGGGACUUGUGCGCGUAACAUUAGGAAAGGCGGUGGACAGUCCAGACACCCAGAGGGAGGGUAAAUUGUCUUUUGGCUGGAGGUGUUCCCUUUGUGUACGUGCCGUAAUGCCGCAUGCGCUUUUGCCACUUGUGUCACUGUGUAUGAAUGCGGAUGUUACAGAGGGGACAGUCCCAGCACCCGAAGACGCCGAGCCAUCACAUGCUAUCAGGGCCCAACAUGACUCCACCAACCCCGACUUUGCUGCAAACCCUCCCGCGGGCAAAGUCCAUGUGACUCCGCGCACAGUGAGUCCGCGU